AUGGCAGCCGUGAAGGAGGGAGUCUUUACAAAAAUCAACUCCAUCACACCCCCGGGUACAGCACGUCCAGAAAGUGUGAAUUGGCAGGCUGCUGUCGCCUGGAGCAUCCCUGCUUCCAUGAACAUGAAAGCCGGCGACACCUUCACGUUGCACAUGCCUUAUGUGUACAAAUUUACAAGCACAGCAGAAACCUUGCAAGUGACAAGCGACGGCACCGUGUUGGCCGAUUGUGACUUGUUUUCUGGUGACAAUAUCGUGGGUUACUCCGAGGUGCAAUGUACGGCGACAUCGGCGGUGCAAGGCCUGGAUGACGCUAGUGGAAGUAUCAACUUUGCCUUUGCCUUCAAUGCUGGUUUGUCUGACGACCAGGUCAACUUGGAGUCCUCUUCCGUGUGGAGUGUUGGCUCUAAUACUGUUACCUGGCAAGACGGCCUGAAGGAUUUGACUUCAACCGUGAACUUCGUCGACGGAAUAGGCACUAGCGUGGGGGGUUCCCCGGACAAUGCUGCCUAUGCUUUAAGAGGUUUGGUCAACACCGCCAAUAAACAGCAUUAUUUCUACGGCCCCAAAUGCCUGGUAAGCGGUAUGUCGGGCACUUUGACUUUGAAGCAGACAGAAGUGCCCCUUGAUUGCAGCACGAUGUCAGGUUCCAUCACCAACAUCCUCAACGCAUGGUACUUCCCAGAAACCGCCGAAAAAUCCGGCGUCACCCUUACCAGUUGUUCGGAGUCCGAAGCCGUGGUCACCUUCAACAACAUCCCGGCUAAUUACAGACCGUACAUGAACAUCUUCACGGGCAUGCUUCAGUCCACUGCUACCUUCCCCACAACUUACUCAUACAACUUGAAGUGUAACGGCGAAACCUUGAAAUCCUCUUCCACCAUCCGUUGGUCUCACUACUCGUCUUCUGAUCCCGGUUCUGGCGGUAACAAUUUGCCCCUCAAGCUCACUACCGUGACGGACCCCACUGCCACCAAUACUGGCAUUGUCACUCAUACCGGCAACACCGCCAGAACCGUCAUUGUGAACGUUCCCAUGUCUGCUGUCACCGUCACUGUCACCGGCACCAACACCGCCUCUGUGACUCAAACAGUGGGCACCACAAGCGGCACCAGAUACGUCUCGGUCAAUGUUCCCACGCCGACCACCACAAUCACCAGAACCUCUCUGACUAUCACUGCGCUGACGGGAGGAACGGCGACCGUCUAUGUGGAUGUUCCGCCUCCGACAACCACCCUCACCAGUACGUGGACGGGAUCUGAGGCCACCACUCGAACGGUAACGGCCCUGGUUGGCGGAACCGGUACGGUUGUGGUGAACGUGCCAGUGCCAACUACCACCGUCACGAGUACCUGGACCGGCUCCGAUGCCACCACUCUGACCAUCCCAGGACUGGCUGGAGGUACCGGGACCGUUGUGGUCAAUGUGCCAGUGCCUACGACAACUGUGACGAGAACGUGGACUGGCUCAGAGGCUUCUACCGAGACCGUUCCUGGCAGUGCUGGACAGACUGGCAGUGUCAUUGUGAAUGUCCCUGUUCCAACCACCACGGUGACGAGAACCUGGACGGGAUCCGAGGCUACCACUGAAACAGUGACUGCCGGCGAGGGAGAGACCGGAAGCGUUAUCGUGAACCUCCCCAUUCCAACGACCACCAUCACGAGAACAUGGACCGGUUCCGAUACUUCUAGCGGAACCGUCACCGGUGGUCCUGGCGAGACCGGAACCGUCUUCGUUGAUGUUCCUACUCCAACAACCACCGUCUUCACGACCUGGACUGGAAGCGUCACCACCACGCGUACCAUUCCUGCUGCUUCAGGUGGCACAGGCACUGUCAUUGUGGAAGUCCCCACUCCUGUCACUGUCAUCACUGCUACUUGGACCGGUCUGGACACUGAGAUCGUCACCGAGCCGUUUGUUUCUGGAACCCAGACCAUCAUUGUGAACGUGCCAACUCCAACGACCACCGUGACUAGAACGUGGUCUGGAAGCGACACCACCACUGAAACCGUUCCUGCUCUGGAGGGAGGUACUGGCACUGUCUUCAUCGAUGUACCAACUCCUUACACCACCUUGACCAGAACCGGGACGGGAUCAGAGACCCAGACUGUAACUGAUCCCGCUGCUUCGGGAGGCACCGGUACUGUGUACAUUGACGUUCCUACCCCGCUGACCACCAUUACUAGAACAUGGACUGGUUCUGAGGCUACCACGCAGACCGUUCCUGCAGCUUCCGGCGGCACUGAGACGAUUUAUGUUGAUGUUCCUACACCUCUGACUACGGUUACAAGAACAUGGACAGGAUCCGAGACAACCACACAGACGAUCCCUGGUGGUAGUGGUGGAACCGAUACCAUCUACAUUGACGUUCCAACGCCACUGACCACGGUCACCAGAACCUGGACUGGUAGUGAAACCUCAACGGAAACCGUUCCUGCCGCUAGUGGCGGUACUGGAACUUUGAUCGUGAAUGUUCCUACUCCGGUGGUUACCAUUACCAGAACAUGGACCGGCAGCGAAACUACUACCGAGACGGUUCCAGGUGCGUCCGGAGGCACUAAUUCCGUUUAUGUUGACGUCCCAACUCCUACAACCACAAUCACCAGAACCCACACUGGCACCGGCUCCCAGACGGAAACUAUCCCUGCCGCCUCGGGUGGUACCGCCACUGUAUUCAUUGACGUGCCUCCUCCUUUGACUACCUCCACCAGCACUUGGUCUGGCGAUGUCACCCUCACCGAAACCGGUCCUUAUGUCUCUGGAGGUACUCAGACUGUUGUUGUCAUCGUUCCUACUCCAGCCACCACCGUGUGGUCCACCUGGACGGGUACUGAAACCACCACACGCACUCUUCCUGCACUGGAUGGUGGAACCAACACCGUCGUUGUGGAAGUCCCUACACCUGUCACAGUUAUCACAUCAACUUGGACGGGUACUGAGACAUCUGUUAUCACGGAACCAUUUGAAUCUGGAACUCAGACAAUCAUAGUGCAAGUUCCUACCCCAGCCACUACUUUGACAAGUACUUGGACUGGCAGUGAAACCACUACUGAGACUUUGCCAGCUGAGUCUGGUGGAACCCAGACAAUUGUUGUGCAGGUUCCUUCUCCAGCCACUACUUUGACAAGUACUUGGACUGGCAGCGAAACCACUACUGAGACUUUGCCAGCUGAGUCUGGUGGAACCCAGACAGUUGUUGUGCAGGUUCCUUCCACUGAAGGAUCGACUUUGACCUCAACUUGGACUGGCUCGACCACUAGAACUGUCACAUUGAGCGCAUCUCAGUCCGGCGAUGAGGAUACGGUUGUUGUUGAAGUUCCCGCUACCGUGGCCGGUUCAACUUUGACUUCCACCUGGACAGGAUCUACUACUAGAACUGUUACCUUGAGUGCUUCUCAGUCCGGUGAUGAAGAUACCGUUGUUGUUGAAGUUCCUGCUACUGAGGCAUCGACCUUAACCUCCACUUGGACUGGUUCUACCACCAGAACUGUGACAUUGAGUGCUUCUCAGUCCGGUGAUGAAGAUACCGUUGUUGUUGAAGUUCCUGCCACUGAUAUUCCAACAGUGACUUCCACUUGGACUGGAUCUACUACCAGAACAGUGACCUUGACCGCUACUCAAUCAGGCGAUGAGGACACUAUUAUAGUGGAAGUUCCUGCCACUGCAACUGAUGCAUCCACUUUGACCUCCACUUGGACCGGGUCCACUACGAGAACUGUUACUUUAAGUGCAUUCGAGUCUGGUGACCAAGACACUGUCGUUGUGGAGGUUCCAUCUACUGAGGGAUCUACCUUGACCUCGACUUGGACUGGAUCCACUACGAGAACUGUUACGUUAAGUGCAUCCCAGUCUGGUGACCAAGACACUGUCGUUGUAGAGGUUCCAUCUACUGAGGGAUCUACCUUGACCUCGACUUGGACUGGAUCCACUACAAGAACUUCUACCUUGACUGCUACUCAACCUGGUGAUGAGAACACUGUUAUAGUUGAGGUACCUUCUAGUGAAGCUUCUACGUUGACUUCUACAUGGACUGGAUCGACCACCAGAACUGUUACUUUGACACCUACUCAAUCUGGUGACCAGGAUACCGUUGUCGUCGAGGUUCCUUCUGGAACUGGAACUCCAACAUUGACCUCGACUUGGACCGGUUCGACUACCAGAACUACCACCUUGCCACCAGCUGGCAGUGACACGGAUGGAACUGUCGUGGUUGAGGUUCCAUCCACUGGAGACUUUACCACCUUAACAUCUACGUGGACGGGUUCCGAGCCUUCUACUGAAACACAACCACCUUCGGGAUCGGACACGAUUGGUACUGUCAUUGUUAACGUUCCAUCCACGUCCGGACCAUGGAACUGGAACAACACCUCCGUUCGUCCUACGCAGACCAGUGUCGGACUUACCUCCGUCACCACUGACUCUCCCACCACCAACGACCCACAGACGACAGAGAACCCAGGUUUGACAACCACAAACCCUGGUCAGGACACUCCUACUGCUACUAAUGGUGGAACAGAGACUGCUCCUACUAAUGGUGGAACAGAGACUGCUCCUACUAAUGGUGGAACAGAGACUGCUCCUACUAAUGGUGGAAACGAACCUGGCCCUACUAAUGGUGGAAACGAACCUGGCCCUACUAAUGGUGGAACAGAGACUGCUCCUACUAAUGGUGGAAACGAACCUGGCCCUACUAAUGGUGGAAACGAGCCUGGCCCUACCAAUGGCGGAAACGAGCCUGGUCCUACUAAUGGUGGAAACGAGCCUGGCCCUACUAAUGGCGGAAACGAGCCUGGUCCUACUAAUGGCGGAAACGAACCUGGCCCUACUAAUGGUGGAAACGAGCCUGGCCCUACCAAUGGCGGAAACGAGCCUGGUCCUACUAAUGGCGGAAACGAGCCUGGCCCUACCAAUGGCGGAAACGAGCCUGGUCCUACUAAUGGCGGAAACGAGCCUGGUCCUACUAAUGGCGGAAACGAGCCUGGUCCUACUAAUGGCGGAAACGAACCUGGUCCUACUAAUGGCGGAAACGAGCCUGGUCCUACUAAUGGCGGAAACGAGCCUGGUCCUACUAAUGGCGGAAACGAGCCUGGUCCUACUAAUGGCGGAAACGAGCCUGGCCCUACCAAUGGCGGAAACGAGCCUGGUCCUACUAAUGGCGGAAACGAGCCUGGUCCUACUAAUGGCGGAAACGAACCUGGCCCUACUAAUGGCGGAAACGAACCUGACCCUACUAAUGGCGGAAACGAACCUGGCCCUACUAAUGGUGGAAACGAGCCUGGUCCUACUAAUGGCGGAAACGAACCUGACCCUACUAAUGGUGGAAACGAACCUGGCCCUACUAAUGGUGGAACACAGCCUGCUCCAACUCCGGGAACAGGUGGUGACAACACCGCCGUUGGCCAGCCAUCGGGCGGUGAAGGUGGUCCAGUACCAUCGGGCACGCCAUCUAACCCCGAGAACCCAUCGAACGGCCCAGGCUUGAGCAAUGGACCUGGUGGAAACACCGUUCCUGAGCAACCCGCACCUGCUACUGACCUGACAAUCUGUAACUACGGCAAGUGUGUUACCAUUUCCGCCACCGACAGUAAUACCGGAGCUUCAGGCACUGAUGAGCCUAACCCAUCGAUCGCUAUCCAACCAAGCGGUUCCCAAAAUGGUAACCCACUGGCCUCUUCUCCUGCCACGGGAUUCCCAGCUGUAUCCACAUAUGAAGACUCAGCCUCGAGCCUUCAGGUAUCUGGACUUUUUGCUAUUUUCUUGACGUUGAUUCAGAUUCUUGUUUAA